ACCCGGACCACGGCUAUCACAGCCUGGAGGAGGAGCAGCAGCAGCACAAGGGCGUUUGUCAAGAAGAGCCAGGGCGACGGCGGGAGCAGCAAUGCGAUGCCGGGGAGUUGAAGCGGCCCGAGGAGCCGAGCGAGCCGGGGAGACAGCCUGGAGGUGAUCCCUUGGAGCAGGGGGGGAUAAGGGGCUCAGCCGAGAAGGGGGCACUUGAGGGGGAAACCUCGACUGAAGAGGAUGACGAGGACUCCGAAAUAGAGCAAAACCUUGCGUUUUCAGCCAGACCCGCUUGUGCGAAUAAAUUGAUAGACUAUAUCAUAGGGGGAGUUUCCAGUGGGGAGGAGAGUGCGGAUGAGGAGGAGGACUGGGAUGAUGAUGAUGACGGCUUUGAUAGCGAAGGGCUUCCCUCGGAUUCAGACGCCGGUAGCCAGGACGGAGAAAGGCUUCAUCUCUGGAAUUCCUUCUACAGUUUGGAUCCCUACAACCCUCAGAACUUCACAGCCACCAUCCAGACAUCUUCCAGUGACCCGGGAAAGGAUAUGUCAGAUAUGGAGGAGGAGGAGGAUGAGGAUGAGGGAGAUUCUUCGUGGGCAGAGGAGUCCUCAGGCUCUCCUCACCCUAGCUCUGAAGAGGAGGAUGAGUGGGACUGCAGCAGCGUGGAUGAGGCAGAAAACUUGAAGCUUUGGAACUCGUUCUGUACCUCAGAUGAUCCAUAUAAUCCUUUGAAUUUCACGGCAGCCUUUCAGACAGCGGAGAAAAAAGGGACGGCUGGUUUAAGAGGAGCAGAGAGGCCGAGUUUGGGCACUUCUGAGCAUAGCCACUUAACUGUCUGCUGUGUGCAGCUGGAAAAACAUAACUGGGGGGUCACGGACUGUGUGCAGCAUGGCAUUCUUUCUGGCGAGAAAUGUAGAAGUACCAAGCGGAAAAAGGUCACCUUCCUCGAAAAAGUUACCGAGUAUUACAUUAGCAGCGAGGAGGAUCGUAAAGGACCCUGGGAGGAGCUCGCGCGAGAUGGGUGCAGGUUCCAGAAACGCAUCCAAGAAACAGAAGAUGCCAUAGGAUAUUGCUUCACAGCAGAGCAUAGACAAAGAGUAUUUAAUAGACUCCAGGAAACCUACUAUAAGGGGGUGGAUCUCUUUUAGCACCUUAAAAGAGCUGGUAGUUGGGUGACCCUAAGCACUCAUGAGCAUCUUC